UCAACAGGUGGCCACCACGUCCAAGCGCUAGGGGUAGUUUUUCUUACUUCUAAUUGUUGCAACAUUUAAGUAUCCACGGCAACACCGCAGGACAAACAAACCAAAAACAUACCAGGAAAAUUUUGGCCAUAAAAAGUUGGCGUAUACUUCUGCAGAAAUAAUUCCAAGAUGCGUUUAAAAACUCAUAUUUGCAAGCGAACAUCCGACAACAAUAAUGUCGAUUAUCGUCUACAAAAUUCGGCAACACAAAGAAGUUCAAGUGGCCAAAAAGAUGCGGGAAACAAUGGAAAAACAAAUAUUUCACCGCUGAGCUGCGCGGAUUGGAGUAGCAAUGAGGAGAUUUAUUUUGUGAGUGAUGAUCAUCAGAUUUACAAAUGGAGCGCCGCUACACGCGAAUCGGUCGAAGUGGCCAAGCUACCCGACGAUUUCAUACCGACCGACUUACAUUGGCUACUGUUGGGCGGACGCAGCAGUGGUGGUGGCAAAGGCAGCGAUACGCUACUCAUCUGCAGCAGUGAUGGCCGUUUCAUUAUUUUGAAUAAAAGCGCGCGAGUGGAGCGCAAUAUUACGGCACAUAGCGCAGCAAUAAGCACCGGACGUUGGAGUCCCGAUGGUGCAGGGCUGCUAACCGCUGGCGAGGAUGGUGUCAUAAAGAUUUGGUCACGCUCAGGAAUGCUGCGCUCCACGGUCAUACAAAGUGAUGACCCAAUUAGCUGCGCACGCUGGGCGCCCAAUUCUACUUCAAUUGUUUUCUCUCAGGGUUCUUACAUGUCUAUUAAACCGCUGGCAGCGAAUAGUAAACUGACAAGGUGGCGCGCUCAUGAUGGUCUCGUGCUUUCUCUCAGCUGGUCUACCCACUCGAACAUCAUUGCCUCGGGUGGUGAAGAUUUUCGCUUUAAGAUUUGGGAUUCGCAAGGUGCGAAUUUGUUCACCAGCUCUGCGGAGGAGUAUGCAAUCACGUCCGUGUGCUUUAACUCUGAGAAAGAUGUGCUUUUGGUCGGCUCGUUCAAUAUGUUAAAACUUUGUUCCAGUGCGGGUUGGUCUUACAUUUGCACUCGCUUCAGUGAACCUACCGUGGGUUCUUUCUACACCAUGUCCUGGUCUUCUGAUGGCACUCAAGUGGCCUGCGGCACCUCGACUGGCAAUCUUGUUGUUGGAUAUACCAUCGAUCGACAGUUGAUCUCACGUAAUCUGAAAGCUACAACGACCGGCCGUAAAACCAUCCUAUUGCAGGAUAUCACAAAUAGUAGCAGUGAUGUUUUGGAUUUUCCCGAGCGCAUUAUUAACUUCGGCCUAGGCUAUGGUCAUCUAAUUGUGGCCACAUCAAAUCAAUUGCAUAUCUACAAUGAAAAGUAUAUCAAUACGCCGAUCAUUAUUGAUGGAAGAACGGAUGUGCGCGUAAUUGAGGUGGGCAAGAAAUUCUUCAUGGUCUUGGAUGCCACUUCAAUUUGGGUUUACACCUACAAUGGCCGCCUGCAUUUGAAUCCACGUUAUCCAGGUAUGCAAGCGCAAAUACCGCUACUUACUUGGCGGGCAGUCUCCCUGGGACUCGACGUGCUGGCUGUACGAGAUAAUGCGGACAACACAGUGAUUCAUAUCUUCGAUCUUACACCGGGCGCCUCACGUCAAUACGAGCCGCACUCGCUGCGUGCAAAAACUCAGAUUUCCGAGAUCUCGGCAUGUCGUGCAGGUACACUCGACGAUCAGUAUGUCGUGCUAAUCGAUAACAAUCGUGAGUUGUACAUCACUGAGACGCGUAAUUUAAAUGGCGGUAGUGGUGGGGGUGGCGGCGGCGGCGGCGGUGGUUUCAAUGCUGUGGCAGCUGUGGGUAGCGGCACCGGUGGUGGAGGCGGUGGUGGUAGCGGCAACACAGAUCGCAGCAGCAGCGGACGCACUUCGAAUUGUGGCGAAGUUUACAAGAUCGGCACACAGGUAACAACUGUUAUGUGGGCCAGUGAAACGAAUAUUUUGGUGGGCGUUCACGACACUUGCUACAGCAUUUGGUACUGCCCCGGCGAGGGAGCCGCCGAUCCGACGCUAAUUGCGCUAACAACUGUGACUGUGGAUGCCACUGAAUUCGGCAAGAGCAUCACUCUGGAGACCUUUGAGGAUGCCAUUGUAACAUUCCGUUGCGCUGGCGCUCUGCUGCCCGUCAACGUGAAUAUCUAUUGCGAAAUCUUGCACCGCACGCUGAUGGAGGGACAGUGGCAGCAGGCUUUGAAGAUCUGUCGCCUCGCUCAGAAUGGCAACCUCUGGGCUACACUCGCAGCGAUCGCAACGCGCAAAAAUCAGCUGCAGAUCAGCGAGGAGGCCUACUCGGCGGCAUUGCAAAUCGACAAAGUCAGUUACUUGCAGUACAUUAAGGAAUUGUCACCAGCCAGCCCUGAACAAAUGGCGGAGAAUUCCCUAAUGUUGGGACGUCUGAUCGAGGCAGAGACGAUUUUAUUGCACAACAAGAAAUUCACUGAAGCUGUUGCACUCUGUCUGCGUAUGCACAAUUGGCAUCGAGCGCUGGAGGUGGCGCAGAAGCAUGAACCUGAACUGUUGGAGAAGGUGUUGGAGCAGAGACGGAAGUACUUGAAGGCGUUGCAACGCGAUGAAUGGGAUGCGGUAUUUCUGCCUUUCAAAGUGAAGGCAAAUGACGACAAAAGCGAAUAAAGUAACAAAGUUUUUUAAUGUCAUAUAUUACUUCGUAUUUUCUAUAAUAACAACAAAUGCAAAAUAUUUUUGUUAACAUCAAAUGGCACUUAAUAAGCUGGACAAAUCAUCGGUUUACCAUCCAGUGCGUUGAGUAUAUUAUUAGCAGCUGUUAAGCCCAUUUCAAUUGUCGUUUGCAUCGUCUGC